AUGACUCUCCUAAUGAUGCUCCUGAGGGUGCUCCUAAUGAUACUUUUUCCCGCCCUCGCGAUAGUUCUGCCCAUUGACACCAACCAGACGUCCUUCAACUCUGCUGCCACAGCUAUCUCGGUCACCGCGGCGGGUGCUGCGGCGGGUCGAAUUGAGGACUUUCCGAAUCCGGUUUGGACGGCUCCGCCCUGCGAACAAUUGCGUCCGAGGUUGCUGAUGUUGUAUACCAGAACUGAUCGACAAGCCGCGAGAGCAGCCAUUUAUAGGAACGUUACAGCCGCCCUGGAGCGGCUUGACUUGGUUGAUAAGUAUUCCUUAAUCUUCCCGGUCGGGCUUACGGAAAGUUGUUCGGAAGUUGUGCCGGAUUCAGAGCUUCGUCGACGACUGGCAUCAGUCGAUGCCAACGACUGCGUUUACUCUCGAGAGGAAGAGAGGGGCUACAACAUCUUAGGGGCUGACUAUGUGGAUCGUUACGACACGUUAUACAACAAGUCAGGUUCUGUCCUGAAUUUUGCGAACGCGUGUGCUAAAUAUUUCCGGUGGUUGAUAAAGGUCGAUGACGAUAUGAACAUUCACUACUCUGCAUUGGACCUUUUCUUAGACUCACUGGACACGCUGAUCGGCUCUGUAACGGUAAAGCCGCGGUACUUAUGGAUGGGGAUGGAGUGGAAGAAUUUGCUCGUGUUAACCGAAGGACCGAAUGCGGAACAUGCAUACACGGCUUACAAUUACCCGCCUUUCAUGAGCGGCCCUUUCUACAUCAUGGGAGCAGAUACCGCCUCCAUAUUAUACCAGGAAAUGAAGCGCAAUAAUACUGUGUACCGUAAUGAAGAUGCGAUGAUGGGUAUUCUGGCGGACAAUUUGCGUAAUCUAAAUCCUAGUGUUAACUUAUUAAGCUUAGACCAUUCCGAAUUCAUUACUAAUCAUCUUGGGAAAUGGCUUCACGAGAGAGUCUGUCCUCGCUACAAUGAUCUAUACAAACCCAACUACGACCAUGCUGUGCCAUGCCACUGUGAGAAAACAAUCGCAUUUCCAAAUGUUCAAGAAAUCGAUAACAUUCUUAAUCGAGAUUGUGAACUGGACUUCAACUGGUCAGCGUACUGGAGCUCACUUUUCCAAGAUACUCUACACUACUUCUAA